AUAACUACCUUUACCAUCAAAGCCCGGGACGGUUAUGACAUUCCUGUUCGAAGCUACAUACCCUGCCAAGGUGGGGCAGAGUCACGCGGUCUGCUCGUCUAUAUACAUGCAGGCGGCUUUUUGUUUGGGGAUUUAGAGAGCGGUGACUUCAACUGUCAAAUCCUUGCCUCAAGAUUGAAUCUGACCGUCUUGAAUGUGGACCAUCGCCUGGCACCUAAGUGGCCGUUUCCCUACGGGGUUAAUGACGCUUAUGACGCCGUCCAGUGGGUGACCCAUGCUGCACAACACCUUGCAGCAUCUCCAUCGGUCGCUUUCCUCGUUGGUGGCAUUUCAUCUGGUGCCAACUUUGCCGGUGUCAUAGCAUACACCGCUCGUGACGAGGGACUAUCGCCACCUUUGACGGGCGUCUUCCUCUCUAUACCUGUCGCCCUGUGGCCGAACGCAUACCAUCUAGUCCCAUCUGAGUGGUCGGAUCAGCUACAGAGCACCAAGCAGAACAGCGAUGCCCCUUUACUGACAGUGAAAGGGCUUGAGCUAAUCCAAGAAGCAUACAAAGCGGACGCUGGCGAUACUCGAAUUUCAUUCCUGCUCAAUAAGGACCACUCAAACUUACCCACGCGGGCGUAUUUCCAGAUUUGUGGGCUAGACCCUCUACGUGACGAGGCAUUUCUGUGGGAGAAAUUAAUUCGGAAGCAUUCCAGCACAAAAAGCAAACUCCAUAUAUACUCCGGGCUUCCUCAUGGAUUCUGGCGGUUUGCUCAAAUCGAUGCUAGUCAGAAGUGGCUGGAUGAUUUGAUUGAGGGCAUUCGUUUCUUAUUG